AGACUCGUCCAAUUCGUAAAAAAUGUAACCUGAUAAGGCAGACUCUGUUUAUAUGCCCAUGCUUCAUCUCAUCCAACAUUUCCGUUAGAUUAAUUCGUUGUUCACGUGGAUUUUUUGACAAUAAGGGGUUUAUUUGUGACUGUCAGAGAAAUUCCGAAGAUUACCCGUCACUGACAACGUGCGAUCAGCUGUUCAGAAAGAAUUUCCUCUGCUUUGCAGUCGAAAGUCAUGAAACUUUUUGCAUCUCUGCUGGUGACCGCUUGCGUGGCAGCGUUUACGUGUGCCGAAUUGUUCUCAUCCAUGGCACAUCUUGAGAGUGCCUUGUUUGCAGAAAGAGACAUUGCUGUUGCCAUUCAAGAUUAUAUUCAUGAAGAAGAAAAACGACUUGCAAAACUCAAAAGUAUUGCAGAAGAUUAUGCUGAGCACAGUGAGAAGGCCCUAGCCAGUGAUAAGAACCUCCUAGCCAAUCCAAUCAAUGCUUACUUGUACAUGAAGCGAUUCACCAUAGACUGGGAUAAAGACGUGGCCCCCAACUUCCAGAGUAAUCCUGAAAGUGAUGUACACAAAAGAAUAGAGGAGCUGAAAGGAUAUCUGCCCAAGUAUGAGGAUCUGAAGGGGGCGGUGACAGCGUUACUACGGUUACAGGACACGUACCAGCUGGAUACCAACAAACUGGCCCAGGGGCGGAUCCACUCCAUGGUGUCUAGUUCUAUGUCAGCCUCUGAUUGCUUUGAAAUUGGAAAGCUGACCUAUAACGAUGAAGACUUUUAUCACACCACCAUGUGGAUGGAAAAAGCCCUAGCCCUGGUCAGCAUAGAGAAAAAUCGCACUGUCCAACGGGUCGAUAUACUGGACUACUUAGCAUUUUCUCUUUAUAAACAAGGUGAUAUUGAGAGGGCUCUGGUGCUGACCAAUGAACUUUUGACACUGUUACCUCAUCAUACGAGAGCCCAGAAUAAUCGCAGAUAUUAUGAAAAAUUAUUGGAGGAACAGCAGCGAAAGCAACGAGGCGAUGACGGAGGGGCUCAGGAAACUGACGAGCCUAACGAAUACACAGUACGACCCCUGGAUGAAUACCGAAAAGGCGAGGAGUUUCAGACCUACGAAAGUCUGUGUAGGGGAGAGGAGACACAUGAUUAUAAACUGAAGCACAAAUUGAAGUGUCGCUACGUAAACAAGAACAACCCCAUCCUACUGUUACAGCCGGCUAAGGAGGAGGACGUUUACCUGGAUCCCUGGAUUGUUGUCUACCAUGACGUCUUGUCGGAUUAUGAAAUAGAGACUAUUAAAAAACUGGCCACUCCAAGAUUAGGUAGGGCUACUGUCCAUAAUGCCAGAACUGGUAAACUAGAAACAGCUGAAUACAGAGUUAGUAAAAGUGCUUGGUUAAAAGACGAUGACGACGCAGUUAUACACAAUGUCAACAAUAGGAUAGCAGCCAUUACAGGUCUGAGUAUGGAAACUGCUGAAGAUUUACAGAUUGCUAAUUAUGGACUUGGAGGGCAAUAUGAACCACAUUUUGAUUUUGCACGGAGGACAGACCAAUCAGAUUUUUACAUUCAAAAUGGCAACCGAAUUGCAACUUUUCUUUUCUAUAAAGAAGAAACCAAUGCUUUCCGUGACCUAGGAUCGGGUAACAGAAUAGCCACUUGGCUAACUUAUAUGUCGGACGUUGAUGCUGGAGGAGCUACAGUGUUCCCAUACAUUGGGGUCAAGUUAUUCCCUAAAAAGGGUGCAGCAGCAUUCUGGUAUAAUUUGUACCGAAAUGGAGAUGGAAUUUAUGACACAAGGCAUGCAGCUUGUCCAGUCUUGGUCGGUCAAAAGUGGGUCUCAAAUAAAUGGAUUCAUGAGCGAAGUCAAGAGUUUAAAAGACCCUGUAGUCUCAACAUGGAUGAAUAGCUUUUUUAAGAUUAUCACAAAAAGGCUUCAAAGAACCAUGGCUUUAGAAACGUGUUUUCAAUGAGACAUAUUCAUCAAUGGUUUGGUCUUCCAUGCUC